GUGUCCAAUUAACUAACGGAAAAUGAUGACAUGUCAAAAUAUUAUUACAGAUCAAUACCAUGUCAUUAAAACACGUCAGAUUUCAGCCAACAAAAAAAAAUGUGGGGCCCACCUCCUGCAAAAAUACUAUCUUCCCUCCUUCUUCCCAUUCACACCCUGGGUUCUUCGAACCCCAGGCGCAGGUUCGAGCGUGGGUUCUUCAAACCCAGGCGUUGGGUACCUGUGCCUGGGUUCCUUGAAGAACCCAGGAACCCAGCGCCUGGGUUCGAAUCCAAGCCUGGGUUUGAAGAACCCAGCAGGCUUGGGUUCUUCGGACCCGCACCUGUGGGUUCUUUGAACCCAAGUGCUGGGUACCCGCGCCUGGGUUCCUUGAAGAACCCAGGAACCCAACGCCUGGGUUCGAAUCUAAGCCUGGGUUUGAAGAACCCAGCAGGCUUGGGUUCUUCGAACCCGCGCCUGGAAUUGAUUGAUGAAGAAGGAAAGGAAGAGGAAGGAGAAAGGGAACAAGGAACUGGGUUUGAAGGAUCCCAUCGCCUGGGUUUGACAAUCCCAGGCUCUAGGUCCAGGAAAUGAAGAGGAAGGAGAAAGGGGACGAGGAAGGAGAAAUAAUUUUUAAAAUUUUUA